AUGCGAAAUUAUAUUGCAGGUAACUUUGGAAAGGUAUAUCUGGCUGAUAGAAAAGUUCUGAACAUGAUGAGAAUGAGAGACGUUGAUAUUGCACUCCCCAACAAGAGUAAAUGGAUUUUUCAAAAGGUCAGUCACGUUCCUGAGUUGAAGAAAAAUCUCAUCUCUGUUAAGCAGCUCAAUGAGGGUGCAAAUCUUGCUUACCAUCGUAGAUCUACCGCCGCCACGGUCGUUACAGCGAGAUCUCUAACCCAUUUUGCCGCCGGAAUCGCCAUCGUUAUCCUCACCGCCUCGCCGGCGUUGGCGUCGGAGUCCGACCACAAGUAUCAACCUGAUGAUCCUGUUACACUAUGGGUAAACAAAGUUGGUCCUUAUAACAACCCGCAAGAAACAUAUAACUAUUAUAGCCUUCCAUUUUGCCAGCCUAGAGAGAACCCUCCUCAUAAGUGGGGUGGGCUUGGAGAAGUUUUGGGUGGAAAUGAACUGAUUGAUAGCCAGAUUGAAUUAAAGUUCCGGAAAAAUAUUGAAAAAGGGUCCAUUUGUUCUCUUGAACUCGAUGAUGUUAAGGUGAAUAUUUUUAAGGAUGCAAUAGAGACUUCAUAUUGGUUUGAAUUUUUCAUAGAUGACUUGCCUCUAUGGGCAUUUGUGGGAGAGACUGGAAAAACUGAUGAGAACAAGCAUUAUCUUUUCACACACAAGAAUAUCCUUGUGAGAUACAAUGGAGACCAGAUUAUUCAUGUUAAUAUCACCCAAGAAAUCCCUAAACUAUUGGAACCUGGAAAGACAUUGGAGAUGACAUAUUCAGUCAAAUGGAUAGCAACGAAUGUAACAUUUGCUCAUCGUUUUGAUGUAUACUUGGAUUACCCUUUCUUUGAACACCAGAUCCACUGGUUUUCUAUUUUCAACUCCUUUAUGAUGGUUAUUUUCCUCACUGGCCUGGUUUCUAUGAUACUCAUGCGGACUCUUAGAAAUGAUUACGCCAAAUAUGCACGUGAAGAUGAUGAUUUGGAGACUCUGGAAAGAGAUGUGAGCGAGGAGUCUGGUUGGAAGCUUAUUCAUGGUGAUGUUUUCAGGCCUGUCCGCAAUUUGGCUCUUCUUUCAGCUGUAGUUGGUACGGGUGCCCAGCUGGCGUUGCUUGUUCUCCUAGUCAUUUUACUGGCAAUAAUUGGGAUGCUUUAUGUUGGGCGGGGAUCUAUUCAAACUACUUUUAUAUUAUGCUAUGCUUUCACUUCAUUCAUUUCGGGCUAUGUCAGUGGUGGACUUUAUUCGCGGAAUGGCGGUAAAAGCUGGAUUAAAACUAUGAUUCUCACAGCAUCCCUCUUCCCAUUUUUGUGCUUUGGAAUUGGUUUUGUCCUCAACACAAUUGCCAUAUUCUAUCGAUCACUUGCGGCCAUCCCUUUUGGAACAAUGGUGGUUGUUUUUGUAAUUUGGGCCUUUAUCUCAUUUCCUCUCACACUUCUCGGGACGGUGGUGGGUAGGAACUGGAGUGGCGUUCCUAGCAACCCCUGCCGUGUGAAGACCAUACCUCGUCCUAUCCCCGAGAAAAAGUGGUAUCUCACACCCUUCAUUGUCUCGCUCAUGGGCGGCUUACUUCCUUUCGGCAGCAUCUUCAUUGAAAUGUAUUUUGUAUUCACAUCCUUCUGGAAUUACAAGGUUUACUAUGUCUAUGGAUUCAUGUUACUGGUAUUCUUAAUUCUCAACAUUGUAGCUGUCUGUGUCACAAUCGUCGGCACAUAUUUCCUUCUCAAUGCAGAAAACUAUCAUUGGCAGUGGACCUCAUUCUUCUCUGCUGCUUCCACAGCUGCUUAUGUCUAUCUUUACUCCAUUUAUUACUUCUAUGUGAAGACCAAAAUGUCAGGUUUCUUCCAGACCAGCUUCUACUUUGGCUACACCCUCAUGUUUUGUCUCGGACUCGGAAUACUCUGCGGUGCUGUGGGUUUUCUUGGUUCAUCUUUAUUUGUUCGAAGAAUUUAUAGAAACAUCAAAUGUGAUUAGCUCGGACGAAGUUUUGGUUGUUUCGCUACAGAUUUUCGUCUUCAAGCUGUGAAGGAAAAUAUUUUGAGGAGUGAAAGAUGAAGUUUAGAUUUUCCAUGGUUGGCUGAUUUUCAUCUAAUAACCCUUUAAAUUUAUUUGAAAUGUAAUUUUAGGUGAUAUGGAAUUUUGAAUUUUUCUUAUUGUAAUUCCUCUUUUUUUUUUUUUUUUCUUUUUUUUAUCCUCUUCUGGUACUUGUUAGAGAUAAUGAAUUGGUAGAAUCAGAUGGGAACUACCCAAAGGUGGUUGCUCAACUCCUAAUUUUUAGUACAUAAGUGCUGCUGUGCUUGUGAAA